UGAAGAAGCACAGUCAGCUCGCCUCCCUUCUGCGUCGAGCUCCAGUAGCGCGCGCGAGGAAUAGACUCCUCCAUCUCCACCGGCUCCGGCUCCGUGGCGCUACAGUACAAGCACAGUGCGCUACAGUGCUGGAUCCGGAGCACCCCGGAGCUCUCCCUGGCCUAAUACACGCGCAAGCCUGUCUCUGCCUCUCUGGGCAGGCACGCGGCGACACGGGCAGCCAUCUCCAUUAACGCACACUCCACUCCGCCGCGCCGGGAAAGGUUCGAGCGCACGGCCGGCCGGCCAUUAACGCUGCCGCGAGCGCAGGGAGGAGAUGGGCGGCGCCAGCGGAGAAGCCGCGGCCGGCGGCGGCACGAGGUCGCUGGACCAGACGCCGACGUGGGCCGUGGCCGCCGUCUGCGCCGUCAUCGUCGCCGCAUCCAUCAUGCUGGAGGGCCUCCUCCACCACCUCGGCCAGUUGCUCAGCAAGAAGCGGAAGAAGGCGUUGUUCGACGCCCUGGAGAAGGUUAAAUCCGAGCUGAUGACCCUGGGGUUCAUAUCGCUGCUGCUCACCGUGACGGGGAGGUACAUCUCGCGCAUCUGCAUCCCGGAGGGAACCGCCAACACCAUGCUGCCCUGCCGCCUGUCCGUCCACUCGGAGGCUAAGGAGCCCGAGGGCCAUGGCCGGCGGCACCUGUCUGAAGAUCCGAGCUACUUUUUUUCCUGCCCCAAAGGCAUGGUGUCGCUUGUUUCAGCCGACGGGAUGCAUCAGCUGCACAUUUUCGUGUUCUUCUUGGCCGUCUUCCAUGUCACAUUCAGUUUCUUUACAAUGUCCCUAGGUAGAGCAAAGACGCGUAUAUGGAAGGUGUGGGAAAAGGAAACGUGCUUACCAACCUAUGAAUUCCAAUAUGAUCCCUCAAAGUUCAGGCUUACUCAUCAAACAUCCUUUGUAAGGCAACAUGCAAGCUGUUGGAGCAAAAGCACAAUCCUGCUCUAUGUUGUGAGCUUCUUUAGACAGUUCUUUAGAUCUGUUCGAAGGACAGACUACCUUACUUUGCGGCAUGGAUUCAUUGCUGCUCAUUUAUCUCCAGGGACCAAGUUCAAUUUUCGGAAGUACAUCAAGAGGUCAUUGGAGGAUGAUUUCAAAACAGUUGUUGGCAUUAGUCCACCUUUAUGGGCCUCUGCUUUGGCUGUCAUGCUCGUCAAUGUUCAUGGAUGGCACAACUUGUUCUGGUUCUCAACAAUUCCCCUUGUACUGAUUCUAGCAGUUGGAACAAAGCUGCAGGCAAUAAUUGCUAUGAUGGCUAUUGCAAUUACAGAGAGGCAUACAGUUAUUCAGGGCAUGCCAGUGGUAAAACUGAGUGAUGAUCAUUUCUGGUUCGGGAAGCCUCGUCUAGUUCUCCAUCUCAUUCAUUUCGCAUCAUUUCAGAAUGCAUUUGAGAUUACAUAUUUCUUUUGGAUUUGGUACGAGUUUGGGCUGAGGUCCUGCUUCCACGACAACUUUGAGCUUAUUAUUGCAAGAGUCUGCCUUGGGGCUGUCGUCCAAUUUACGUGCAGCUACAUCACCCUUCCACUCUACGCCCUUGUAUCUCAGAUGGGGUCACAAAUGAAGACAACGAUUUUCGACGAGCAGACAGCCAAGGCCCUGAAGAAGUGGCACAAGGCAGUGGUGAAGAAGAAGCACAACAAGGAGUCGUCAGAUGACCCUUCCGAGACCCAGAGCGCGGACACACCAGCAGGAGGAACGGAGGCGAGCGAGUGGCGGCACCGGCCGCACGAGGUGCCGGUCCGUCACCUCCACCGCUACAAGACCAUCGCGCACGUCGGCGGCGCGAGGAGCCCGCUGUCGGACUCGGACUACAGCGACACGGACGACGCCGAGCCGGUGUCGUCGUCGCAGACCAGGCACCUGAUACCGCCGGCGAAGCAGCGGAGCCUUGACACCGGGCGUAAGGAGGUGCGCGUGGACGUUGUGGAGACGGCGGCGGCGGCGGCGCGCGGCGGCCACCAGGACAGCUUCUCGUUCCCGAGGCUGCCUCCUCGCCAUGUGCAGGACAAGUGAGCUGAACGAGCAGCCUGCUAGUGCUUAGUAGUAAGUAGAAGUAGUACUAGUAGUAAGUAGAAGUAGAAGUAGAAGUAGUACCUGCCUCCUCGGCUCCUCCUAUGGCCGCCUGGCCGGAGAUCCCUUCCCUCUUGCCGUUCCAAAUGCUAUGCGCCUUCCCGCCUUCCUCGCCGACCAGCGCCGCCUCCGCCGCGUCCUCUCCUCCUCCAGCGCCACGCUCGCGACGCUCACUCGCCUCCACGCCCUCCUCAUCGUCUCCUCCUCCAACCAUCUCCUCGCAUCGCUCGCCGCCGCCUACGCCCGCGCCGGCGCGCUCGACGCCGCGGAGUCCACCCUCGCGACCUCCCCCGCUUCCCCCUCCUCAAUAACCGCCUGGAACGCGCUCCUCUCCGCGCACUCCCGGGGCGGCUCCCACAGCACCGCGCUCCGCGUCUUCCGCGCCCUCCCGCCCGCCGCGCGCCCCGACAGCACCACCUUCACGCUCGCGCUCUCCGCGUGCGCGCGCCUCGGGGAUCUCACAGGCGCGGAAAACAUCAAGGACCGCGCGUUCGAGGCCGGUUACAGCAAGGACGUGUUCGUCUGCUCGGCCCUGCUCCACCUAUACUCGAGAUGCGGUGCAAUGGGGGAUGCUGUCAAGGUGUUCGACGGAAUGCCGAAGAGGGACCGUGUUGCGUGGAGCACGAUGGUUGCUGGGUUCGUGUGCGCUGGGAGGCCGCUGGAGGCGCUUGGUAUGUACAGGAGGAUGCGGGAGGAUGGCGUGGAGGGGGACGAGGUGGUCAUGGUUGGGGUUAUACAAGCAUGUGCGACAACAGGGGAUGCUCAAAUGGGGGCCUCAGUUCAUGGGUACAUACUGCGGCAUGGUAUGAGGGUGGAUGUUGUUGCAACGACAAGCCUUGUGGACAUGUACGCCAAGAAUGGGAAGUUUGAUGUGGCACGCCGAGUGUUUAGAAUGAUGCCGUACAGGAAUGCUGUUUCAUGGAGCGCACUGAUUUCUGGGUUUGUGCAGAAUGGUCAUGCAGAUGAGGCACUUGAUUUGUUCAGAGAGUUGUCAACUUCAGGACUUGAGCCUGAUUCAGGGGCACAUGUUAGUGCACUGCUAGCUUGCGCUGAUAUGGGACUCCUGAAGCUAGGGAAGUCUAUACAUGGUUUCAUCUUGAGGAGGCUUGAGCUUGACUGUAUUUUGGGUACAUCUAUCCUUGACAUGUACUCCAAAUGCGGCUCCCUGGAAAGUGCACAGAAGCUUUUCGAUAGGGUUUCCUCGAGAGACUUGGUUUUAUGGAAUGCGAUGAUUGCAUGCUGUGGCACUCAUGGACGUGGUCACGAUGCCCUUGCUCUGUUCCAAGAACUGAACAAAACUGGAAUGAAUCCUGAUCAUGCCACAUUUGCUUCUCUUCUGUCAGCUCUAAGCCACUCUGGUCUUGUGGAGGAAGGGAAACUCUGGUUUGAUCGCAUGAGUAAGGAGUUUGGCAUUAAACCUGCAGAAAAGCAUUAUGUAUGCAUAGUUGAUCUCUUAGCACGUUCUGGUCUUGUGGAAGAAGCAAAUGACCUGCUGGUGUCAAUGCAAACUGAACCGACUAUUGCAGUUUGGGUCGCUCUGCUUUCAGGUUGCUUGAAUAACAAGAAGCUAGAGCUUGGAGAAAACAUAGCAGAAAAGAUCCUCGAGUCCCAACCUGAAGAUGUAGGUUUUCUUGCACUUGUAUCGAACCUCUAUGCCGCUGCAAAGAAUUGGGACAAAGUCAGGGAAGCCAGAAAGCUAAUGAAGGAUAGUGGCAGCAAGAAAGUGCCUGGCUACAGCUUGAUAGAUGUCCGUGGAAUGCGCCACACGUUCGUGAUGGAAGACCAGAGCCAUCCUCAGCAUCAGGAGAUCCUAAAAAUGGUCGCAAAGCUCGAUUCCGAGAUGAGGAAGAUGGGUCAUGUUCCGAGAACUGAGUUUGUGUACCAUGACCUCGAGGAAGGAGUGAAGGAGCAGCUUCUCAGCUACCAUAGCGAGCGGCUGGCCAUUGCCUUUGGUUUGUUGAACACCAGCCCUGGAACGAGGCUCGUGAUCAUCAAGAACCUCAGGGUCUGUGGCAACUGCCAUGAUGCGAUCAAGUAUAUCUCGAAAAUUGUCGACCGGGAGAUUGUUGUCCGAGAUGCGAAGCGUUUCCACCAUUUCAAAGAUGGGGCCUGUUCUUGUGGAGAUUACUGGUGAUUGUGUCUGAUUCUUGUCUGUAGCUUCGGCAGUUCAGUCACCUAGUGUUGAUAUUUGGUCCAGUUGGCUGCAGAGAACUAGCAGAAUGCAUACCGGUUGUGUUCAAGUAAAUUUGACCUCAACAA